GACUAUCUCGAGGGAAAAACAGAUGCAGCCAAAUGGACCCGAGGUGGCUUAGGGAUGGUUGUAACACGUGAUGGUAACAAGUUGUGGCAUUCAUUCGGCUGACACCCGACCUGUACGCGCGGAGAUCUCCAUCCGUCCCAUAUCCAGCACGGAACACAUCAGUAGUCGAGUCAGAGUGCGAUAUUUACGUCGGCUACCCGAAUCCUUUCCCACAGCAUUCAACCGCGUGUCUUUAUGAUGGGUGACUCUGAGGAGAACGUUGCUGUGGGGUCGGAUGUCGAACAGGAGGUUCUUGAAGACGAACCAAAAAGCAUACUAUUGGGAAUCAUUGGUCAACUACGCAAGGGAAUGGAUCUGUCCCGAGUUACUCUGCCAACUUUUGUGCUGGAGCCACGAAGUAUGUGCGAGCGGAUAACGGACUUCAUGAGCCAUCCGGAGCUCAUUCUUAACACUCCUCAAAAAAUGGAUCCUACGGACCGAUUUCUUGAUGUCGUGACAUAUUUUCUAUCUGGUUGGCAUAUAAAACCGAAGGGUGUAAAGAAACCAUACAAUCCUGUUUUGGGUGAAAUAUUUCGGUGUCGCUGGAAGUUCGACGAUGACUCAGAAUCUUUCUACGUGUGCGAACAAGUUUCACACCAUCCUCCAAUUUCUGCCUAUUUCUAUGCAAAUCCCCAAAAGGACGUUUGGAUUUUGGGUGAUAUACGACCGAAGUCGAAGUUCCUCGGAAAUUCUGCUGCCACUAUUAUGCAAGGAACUUCUACGAUUACUUUUCCAAAGAGGUGGCCUGGUGAAGAGUAUAUGGUGACUCUCCCUAAUAUAUAUGCCAGAGGCAUACUGUUCGGCACCAUGUACCUUGAGCUGGGAGAUACGGUGACCAUCAAAUGCCCAAAAAAUGAUCUAAUCGCGGAAAUCGAGUUUCAAACGAAGGGGUUCUUCACGGGCACUUAUAAUGGCAUAAAAGGCAAGGUGAAGCGUGAAUCCUCUGGAGAAGUCCUAUAUACUCUGGGUGGGAAGUGGACGGACGUCAUGUACCUAUCCAAAGGAACCACUUCCGACAAAAUACCAAUUUUCGAUGCCCACAGUGCAAAGAUAUACCCAAAAGUUGUUGCAGCGGAAGCCGAGCAGGAGGAAUUCGAGUCUCGAAGACUUUGGUCAAAAGUCACCAAGGGCUUGGUAACGAAAAACCUGGAUUAUGCCACCACUGAGAAAAGCGCGAUCGAGGACAAUCAGCGCACUAUCGUCAAGGAUAGGGCAACCAAAAAUAUCACAUGGGAACCUAGAUUUUUCCGCCGAAACGGUGACAUGUGGGAGUUCCGGUCUUCUGACUUACCAACUGAUCCGCUCGAGGCAAACAAAGCUCUGGAAGGAAUUAUCUUUGGUUCCGCGACAAACCCUAUGCAUGCCAGAUUUUGGGUGCGUCCUGAUCAGAUUAACGGGGUAGAAUAACGAGGGUGCAGGCGGGUAUAGACAGCUCAAUGGAUAUGGAAAGAUGUACGUAAUUUAGUUCUGCUAUACAAUUUGAGGUAAAUGGAGAAUCGCGA